GGCAUCCGAACACCACCUCCCAAAAGAAAGUUUCAUGCCUAACUCUCUACCAUCACAGCACCAGUAUAGGAGAAGCCUGUGAUCGACAUGGCCAUCGGCGAUCUCUUCGACACGGUAUCGGUGCUCGUGAACACCUGCACCAAGCACAUGUCGCGUGCGACCAGGAGGGUCCGGAGCCACCGGACCUUCUCCAAGCUGUCUCUCAGCAAGAGUAAGGCUGCUCCCUUCCUCGCGCGGGGGGGCGGCUUCAUCCCCUUCCUCCACGCCAAGAACAAAGGCGACAAGGGGAGAGGGGAUGACGACAGGAGGAGCAACUCAUCUGAAGAAGAGGAAGAGAUGGAAGAGGAGGAGCGACUGUGGCAGAGAACGAUACUGAUGGGGGAGAAGUGCCAGCCUUUAGAUUUUUCAGGUGCCAUAUACUAUGACAGCGCCGGGAGGCAGCUCAAGGAGCUCCCCGUUCCCCGGUCGCCUCUUCGAAGCCCACUGCCUUCUUUCGCCUUCCAUAACGCCGUCGUUCACUCGGAAAAAGUGGCCAAGAGCAACUAGCGCUUCUCCCUACAAACUCAGCUUUGUCGCUCUCUCUCCCUCUCUCUUCUUUGUGUUUGUUAAUGAUCAUGAUAUUUUUUGUGUUCGGAAUUAGUUGGGUUUUAAUUAGUUGAAGUUUUGUUUAAUUUGUACAUGAGUAAAUAAAAGAAGUACUACAGGAUUUGUUAUGUUUUAGGACAUACUUUAAUGGUUGUUCUGAGGGUAUUUUUUCUGUUAAUUACUAGCUUCUGCAUGCCUUGUGAGGCCUAUGAGAAUCGCUCAGAAUGGGAGUUCGUGGGUUGAAGUGAAGGGAGAGUAGGUUUCAAGUCUCGUUAAUUUAGAUUCACCUCCCGGAGACUAUGUUGUAUAUCAUGACACGCAAGGGAGAAGGAGAGAGGCGUGGUGGCUGACGAAUGGACUGCGGCGU